AAUAAUAAUAAUAAUAAUAAUAAUAAUAACAACAACAAUAAUAAUAAUAAUAAUAAUAAUAAUAAUAACAAUAGUAAUACUAAUAAAGAAUAAUUAUGAGUAGAAGUAAAAAAUCGACGAUAUCGCAUAAAUUGGAAGAAAAUAAAGAUAAGUUUCAAAAGCCGAUAGAACAAGAAGAUCAUGAUAAUUCUUUAUUGUCAAUGGAAAAUAAACAGAAUGAAAUCAAUAAGAAUAGUCCAAUAAGAAAUUCAAAUGACAUUGUUGAUCGUCCAGGUCACAGUACACCAUUUCAGAAAAAACAUCUUACAGAUAGUACAGAAGAUUCUCCUGAACCUGAUUAUCAUUGUAGCCCAAUAUCAGUUCCUUGUACACAAGAUGGCAAUGAAGUUGCUUGGGAUUGGCAAAAUUCUACCAAAUCUUUAUCUGUUAAGAGUAAAAAUGAAAAUGGUCAUCUUGCUACACCUAAACAGACAAGAAUACUUCAAAAGAAGCGUAAUUCCAAUUCUCCUUUGUUACAUAAACCUUUAAGAAGGAGAUUAGUAAAAGCAGACAAUAUAGAAAGUAUUGGAAAGUUUGCUGCAGAAUUAAAAGCAUUGACUGAAAAAAUGAAAACUAUACAGCGUAAUGAUGAGGAUUAUAUAGAAAAUGAUAUCGAUAAUAAGGAUAAAGUAGAAAAUCAUCAAGGAAAAGAUGAAUCAGAUGUACUAAUUGUAUUGGAAGAAAAUAUUUCUGACAAUAAAAUAAGCACAAGUUUUGAAGAAUUAUUUGAUGAAUCAAUUGAAGAUUCAAUGGUGAAAUGUAGUCAAGAAAUAGAGGAAAAAUUUAAUCUGUGUAUAAAUAAAAAAAAUAAUACAAUUGACUUAUCGAAUGGAAGUAGAGAGAAAGAUACAUCUGUUACAAAAGAAAAAAUUAAAAGUGCAAAUAGUUCGAGUGAAAAUUCAAAGAGCUCUCUUUUUUCUCAAAAUUCUUUGAUUUUAAAUGUUAGUAGUUUCUGUAAAACAUAUUCUAAGAAUACACCUAAUUGUAAGAAAAACAUAGAUACAGAUGUAAAAAGAUUAGAAAUGAAAGAAGAUAUCAAAAAACAAUCUCCUUUAAAUAACAAUAUUAUAAAUACUCAUAAUGGGGAUCUACAAAAUUGGAAAAAUUCAGUAAAAAAUAAUAGUUCCGAAUUAUUUGAGAUUCCAGAUGAUUCUUUUGAUGACUGUUUAGCUACUUGUAUAGAAGAUGAAAAAUUAUUAUCUGAAACAACAGAAUAUGAUGAUAUUUUUCCAGACUCAGAAUUUACGUCACAUAAAAAUGAAAAAAAUUAUAAACAUCCUAAUUCAAUGAACAAAAACAUGACUAAAAAUAUAACAAAAUCAAAUAAUGCUAGCUAUAAUUCCAGCAGUUGUUGUUUUAAUCAGUCUUCUAUGGAUAGUUCGAAUAAACUUGUUAAUAAUUCUGCUGUCAAUAAUAAUGUAACAGAAAGAAGAAAAUUUUUUAAAACUAGAAGUUUAUCGGAUUCGUAUUUUGGACAAGAAAAAACUACAAGUAUAAAUAUAAAGCCUAGUACAUCUAAUUCACGUCAAAUAAUAAAACACUCUUCUUCUUCAAAUUUGCCAUCUAAAUUAUAUGUAAAUACUAGUGGUAGAAAUACAACAAAUGGAAACGUAAAUGCAAAUAAAAAUAUUAAAUCAAUAAGUGACAAGGAAAGCCUGCAUGCACUUAAUACUAGUAAAAUUAUAUUAAGAGACUCUGCGAUCAAAAGUACAAAGGAUUCACAGACUGCAUUGUGUACGCCUGAAGAAAUAGAAAAAAAACGUUUAGAAGCAAAAAUGAGAUUGGAAGCAAAAAGAAAAAUGCAGAUAAAUGUAAAAUCAACCAUAACUUCAGAAAUACCAUCAAAGAGGGUACAAAGGUGAAAUAAUGUUUCUUUUUAUAAAUUUUGGACUUUUAAUCUAUCUUCAGUUAAUACUUUGCAAAUUUGUUAUCAAAUUGCAUAGUAAAUUAAGUUCUAUGAAACUACAGUGCAAAUAAAUAGCAGAUAGAAAUGACAAUUUUGCAUCUUACCUUUACAAAGUAUUUGAGUUAAACAAAUGAAGAAUAUUUUAACUAUUGUGUUAUAGCCUUUGUUUGUUGUAUUUAUGAAGGGUUAAAUUAAUUUUAUUGUUAAUAACUCAUAUUCAAACAUUGAAUUUCGUCAAACCACAUGCAUAUAUAUAUAUAUAUUAAUAUUCAUAUUAGAUAAGAGUGUAUAUUUAUAUUGUAUUAUUGAAAGAAAAAUGUUAUUAAUAUAUAUCUUAAGUCAGUGACUUAAGUGU